ACGAGGGAGCGGCGCCCGGCUCCGCCCGCCCGCUUCGCCGGGCAGCGGCUGCUCCCUCUCCCCCACCUUCCGCCUUGCCGCUCUUCGCCGGCCGUUGGGUAAAUAACUCCGGGGCCGAGGCCGGGCAAAGGUCGGCGGAGCGCGGCCGGCCGUCGGAACUGCAUCGCCCGGCUCCGCCUGUAUCCCUUUCCCGUCGCCACUAGCACCACCGGGCGCCUGGACGCCGCUCUUUUUCGGCCCGGCUCCGGCUUGAAUGCUUCGGAGUUGCCUGCGGACUUCUCGGCUUUGCGCCCCUUUGGCUUUUGCGCAUCGCCGGCCGGGACAUGUCGGUGACGGAGCUGUACAGCAAGUAUACAAGAGUAUGGAUUCCUGACCCAGAGGAAGUCUGGAAAUCAGCUGAAAUCAUCAGAGAUUACAAAGAGGGGGAUAAAACUCUGCGCCUGAAACUUGAAGAUGACAUGAUCCUGGAAUAUCCUGUUGACCCCAAGGAGAACAAGUUUCCUUUUUUGCGUAAUCCAGAUAUUUUGGUUGGAGAAAAUGACUUGACAGCUUUAAGUUACCUCCAUGAACCAGCCGUCUUGCAUAACUUAAAAGUCCGCUUUUUGGAAUCAAAUCACAUCUAUACCUAUUGUGGUAUCGUGCUUGUUGCCAUAAAUCCUUAUGAACAAUUGCCAAUUUAUGGACAAGAUGUCAUCUACGCCUACAGUGGCCAAAACAUGGGGGAUAUGGAUCCUCAUAUUUUUGCAGUUGCAGAAGAAGCAUAUAAGCAAAUGGCCAGGGAUGAGAAGAACCAGUCCAUUAUCGUUAGUGGGGAGUCCGGGGCGGGCAAAACAGUCUCGGCCAAAUAUGCCAUGCGGUUCUUUGCAUCAGUUGGAGGUUCCUCCAGCGAAUCCAAUGUUGAAGAGAAGGUCCUGGCUUCCAGUCCUAUCAUGGAGGCAAUUGGCAACGCAAAAACAACUCGGAAUGACAACAGCAGCCGCUUUGGGAAAUACAUUCAGAUUGGCUUUGAUAAAAGAUACCGUAUCAUUGGUGCCAACAUGAGGACGUACCUGCUUGAGAAAUCAAGAGUUGUAUUCCAGGCACCUGAUGAGCGAAACUAUCACAUUUUCUAUCAGCUAUGUGCCUCUGCUAGUCUUCCAGAACUGAAGGACCUCUCAUUAUUGGAUGCCAAAGAUUUUUUCUACACAUCUUUGGGAGGGGACACCUCCCUUGAAGGAGUCGAUGAUGCAGAAGAUUUUGAGAAAACAAAGCAAGCUUUCACCCUGCUUGGAGUGAAGGAGUCGUAUCAGAUGACCAUUUUUAAAAUACUCGCUGCUGUCCUACACCUUGGAAAUGUGGAUUUUCGUUCUGAACGUGAUGGAGAAUCCUGCAGUAUAACGAACCAAGAUGAACACCUGCAUCAUUUUUGCAGAUUACUGGGAGUGGAGCACAGUCAGUUGGAACACUGGCUUUGCCAUCGGAAGCUGGUGACCACUUCGGAAACCUACAUCAAGAAUAUGUCCCUCCAACAAGCCGUCAACGCCAGGAAUGCGCUAGCCAAGCAUAUCUACGCCCAGCUGUUCAACUGGAUUGUGCAGCAUAUCAACAAGGCCUUGCACACGACGGUCAAGCAGCAUUCUUUUAUUGGUGUGCUGGACAUUUAUGGGUUUGAGACCUUUGAAUAUAAUAGCUUUGAACAAUUCUGCAUCAAUUACGCCAAUGAAAAAUUACAGCAGCAGUUCAAUUUGCAUGUCUUUAAAUUGGAACAAGAUGAAUACAUGAGAGAGCAAAUUCCCUGGACACUCAUCGAUUUUUAUGACAAUCAGCCCUGCAUAGACCUUAUAGAAGCUAAGCUGGGUAUCCUGGACUUGCUGGAUGAAGAAUGUAAGUUCCCUAAAGGGACGGACGAGAACUGGGCUCAGAAACUCUAUGAUCGCCACGGGAACAGUCAACAUUUCCAGAAGCCUCGCAUGUCAAACAUGGCAUUCAUUAUUGUGCAUUUUGCAGAUAAGGUGGAAUAUUAUUGCGAGGGCUUUUUGGAAAAAAACAGAGAUACAGUCCACGAAGAACAGAUCAAUAUUCUGAAGGCCAGCAAGUACCCAGUGAUUGUGGAGUUGUUCCAUGACGAAAAAGACCCUGCUCCAGCUGCUCCUCCUGGAAAGAAAACUUCUUCCAAAAUCAAUAUCCGCUCGGCUCGUCCAACUGUAAAAGCAGCCAAUAAAGAACACAAGAAAACAGUGGGGCACCAGUUUCGCAAUUCGUUGCACCUGUUAAUGGAGACCCUGAAUGCUACCACUCCCCAUUAUGUUCGGUGUAUCAAGCCCAAUGAUGAGAAGCUGCCUUUCAGCUUCGAUCCAAAGAGAGCAGUACAACAACUAAGAGCUUGUGGAGUGUUGGAGACCAUCCGUAUCAGUGCAGCGGGCUACCCAUCCAGGUGGACCUACCAUGACUUCUUGAAUCGGUAUCGAGUGCUUAUGAAAGACAAAAGUAUUUCGAAAAAGAACGACAAGACAUUGAUUUGUAAAACGUUAUUGGAAAGUCUAAUUAAGGAUCCUGACCAGUUUCAGUUUGGACGUACGAAGAUCUUUUUCCGUGCUGGCCAGGUGGCCUACUUGGAAAAAUUGCGGGCAGAUAAGUUCCGGGCUGCCACCAUCAUGAUACAGAAGACCGUGCGUGGCUGGAUGCAGAGAAGGAAGUACAGGAAAACCAGGGAGGCAGCUUUAAGUAUCCAGAGGUUCACCCGAGGAUAUUUGGCACGCAGAUUGGCGGAUCAUCUAAGGAAAACAAGAGCGGCCAUUAUUUUCCAGAAACAAUAUCGAAUGUUAAGGAUACGCCGGGCCUACCAAGCCAUCCGUCAAGCAGCUAUCACGAUCCAGUCCUUCACACCGAGGAUGUUCGUUAGGAAGAACUAUCAAAAGAUACUUAUGGAGUACAAGGCCAUCGUCCUCCAGAAAUAUACUCGAGCUUGGCUGGCUCGGAAGAAUUUCACCAAGUUCAGAUGUGCGGCUGUGAUGAUCCAGUGCUAUUUCAGGCGCAUGAAAGCCAAGCAAGAGCUGAAAGCUCUGAAGAUCGAGGCCCGGUCAGCCGAGCACUUGAAGAGACUCAACAUUGGCAUGGAGAACAAAGUUGUGCAACUACAGAGAAAGAUAGAUGAACAGAACAAAGAACACAAGUCUCUCAGUGAGCAGCUCUCCACGGCAGCCUCUGCUCAUUACAUAGAGAUUGAAAAGCUGAAGAAGGAAUUUGAACGCCAUCAGCAGAAGAAGGGAGACAGGAACCAGCUCGUGAGCUUGCAGGAAGAAAUCGAUUCUCUCCGGUUGGCCCUGGAGAAGGCUCACGGGGAGCGGAAGAUUGUCGAAGACACGUAUGCCAAAGAGAAGCAGGUGCUCCAAAAGAGGAUAUCCGACUUAGAAGAAGAAAAUGUCCUUCUGAAGGAAGAAAAAGAGGCACUGAACAACAAGAUAUUGGGCCAGUCAGAAGAUGAAUUUGCCAAAAAUGCAGUUGAAGAAAACCUGAUGAAGAAGGAGCUUGAUGAGGAGAGAGCCCGUUACCAGAACCUUGUGCAGGAAUAUUCCAGGCUGGAGCAGCGAUUCGAGAAUAUGAGUGAUGAGAUGACUCUCAUCAAGCAAAGCCCAGGACACAGAAGAAACCCCUCAAACCAAAGCAGCUUGGAAUCGGAUUCCAACUACCCAUCCAUUUCUACAUCUGAGAUAGGAGAUACGGAAGAUGCAAUACAACAAAUAGAGGAAAUUGGCUUGGAGAAGGCAGCCAUGGACAUGAGCCUCUUCCUAAAACUUCAGAAGAGAGUGCGGGAACUUGAACAGGAGAGAAGAAAAUUGAAGACUCAGCUGGAAAAAGAUACCGAAAGCCAGAAAUCUCAGUCCUGA